AUGACAGGUCACAAGCCCAAGAAUUGGCUCAAUUGUCUCCCUCUUGCUGAAUGGUGGUACAAUACCAACUACCACACCAGCCUUAAAAUGUCAACAUUUCAAGCUCUUUAUGAGUAUGUCCCUCCUCACUUAUCUUUUCCUACUAUAGCCACAACUUUUGUAGCCUCAGUAGAAGAAUAUCUACAAAGAAGAGAUGUUGUUCUUGACAUUUUGAAGGAAACUUUGCAUAAGACACAAGAGAGGAUGAAAUGGUUUGCUGACAAGAAGAGGACUGACAGAUCAUUUGAGGUUGGAGAUUUAGUCUAUUUGAAGCUCCAGCCAUACAGACAGACCUCCAUAGCCUUGCGCAAUAAUUUCAAGUUGUAUGAUAGAUAUUAUGGACUUUUUCCCAUCUUGCAGAAGAUUGGUCAAGUUGAUUACAAACUGUAA